AUGGAGAUCACGGCUGCGCAGGAGCAGAAGAAGAGGCUGACGGUGGCGGAUCAAGCGGAAGAAGAAGAAGAAGAAGUGGCCGAGGUCGACGACUGCUUCGGCGUCGAGGCUAGCGAGUUUAGGGAUACAUGGAACCGCCGGUAUUCGGGCUACUGCGGUUGCUUCCAAGACACUAAUAGAUCUCGGCUUGAUGCAUUUGCACACAAAUUAAAGAUCCCAAACAAGCGUUUCACGUACAAGAAGCCUCAUGACCGUGCUAGCCCACGAACUACCCUGCAGGUCUUUCCACUCAAAAUCGCAAAGCUGAGACUGGGUAUACAGUGGCCGCUCCAGGUGUUUGGGAUGGUUGCCAUACGUGACUGCCUCCAUCACAAUCGCAAUAUCAUCUUUGACCGCCCAAGAGACAACUGCCAAAUCGUUACCCGACAGAAGGUCCCCUCGGAAUGA